AUGUCCAAUGACAUAAACAAGGCCGACCAGAUAGCACACAGAUUCUACACAAAGCUUUGUCUCGUCGUCUCAAAUGCUAGGGCUACUUCUGAGCCGAGGUCUCAAUCAAAGGUCGACAAAUGGUUCAAUCUUGAAACCCCAGACUCUGACCUCUUCAAAGAUCAUCUACGCAUAUACAAAGCAAUAUCUACUACGCCUGCGCCACCCCCACUCGAACUUCAGGUGCUACUCUCCGUCCCAGAUCUUAUCACUAAUCAAGUCUUGGUCCACCUUGCACAUGACUCCUCUCGCUCUCGUGUCGACCCAACGCCCAGGCACAUCGUACUCGAGAAUUGGUUGCUCAAUUUUGUUCCAGAACCUCGUGGCGACAGUGACUCCGACAGUGUGGCACCAUCCACCAUUUACAAGCACGGUAUACCUCUCUUCCGUAGUAUCUACAGUUUGCUUCGUAUUCUUCCCUCCUGGAAGCUUUACAAGAAGCUCAGGAGGCGCACGAGCAAUGCAUACCGGAACGGCAACCUAAGUAUCCAUUUGCGCGUCAAGGGCCUCGACGACGGCGUUAGCGUGACUGACAUCCUCGAUUUCGACACGCCCCCUGCACCCAAUGCACCACCACUACAGCACCAAACUCAUCUCUUCCCUGCCAUUCCACAUCCUUUAGGUACACUCUCCCUUGCCAUCACCUACCUCUCUUCUCCGAACUUCCAGCUCGACGAACUUGAGUCCCUCCUCUCAUCUCGCUUCCUCUCUCUAGAUGAAGGACAGGACUUCACCCCUACCCUUGCAAAGAAUCAGCAGCGUGAUUCCCUAACAGGCCUUCCAGGUAGUCAACCAUUGCGCGCAUCUCUUCCAAAGUCACCGCUGUCCUCAAUCGCAGAUCGUUUUGUUCUCCCUGCCCCAAAUUCUCACUCACGUACAAACUCCAUGCCAGUCAGCCAGAGUCCGCGCUUGGGCGCUUUCCCCGUAAGUCGUACUUCCACCGGUGCUGGGAUCAAUGCAGGAUCAACAUCUGCCCUUUCGAUUGCGUCCUCGCGUCAAGAUUCGAGUACAGCUUGGUCUAAGGAAGACACAGGACCUUUUUCGGGCAUUUCCGCUGCUGCACGCAUCAGAUUGGAGAGUAUGGGAGGAAGGAGUAGUAAUGCUGACCUCCCCUCUGCCCUAGGGCCACUUCCGAUCCGAAGACCAGGUAUUAACCCGGUCCAUCCAUUCAAGACAUCCACGCUGUCAUCAGGCUCUCCUUCCCUCCACUCACCUUCCCCUUCUCUGCGUCAACCGUCGCCACUCGCCGCAGGCAAUCUAUCGCUACCUUCUCGUCCGGUGCCACUGUCGCCGAACUCCUCUCGUGUUGUUCCCCACUCCUCGAUUGGUUUCGGUAGGCAGUCACCAAGUAGCAUCGGAGGCCGCUCAGAAGGCGAGGACACAUCUCCGAAGAUCCCAACGAGGAAGCGUUAUUCCAGCAGUUUUGGUCAUCGCUACGCUGCAGCUGGAGGUGGGGGGAGCGUUGGAAGUGCAGGAAGUGGGGAACGAGCAGAGAGUACUUCCUUCCUUGGCGUACCCACCGAUGACGAUGAGAUAUCCAUAUUUGUCAAAGAUAUUGAUGCGCGGAAGCCACUCAAUGCUCAACGUCAACCUUCUCCCGCGUCUACACAGGGCCGACCCGCUACCCCAUCACACACCAAAUCCGACUCCAUGGGUUCCGCGGGACCGAUGUUGACACGAGAAGAAGAAGUCGACGAACGUUUACGCCACAUGAAUGAGACGUUCCUUGCGAGCUUGGAGGGACUUGGUGGUAGCCGGAGAAGAGGCAGUAUAGGUGGAGAAGAGGUAGGCGCAAGCCCUAUCUCGAGUGUAAGUGGACGUGGUGAAGGAGAGAACAGAGGUUCGCAGCCCACGGGGAUCUGGCGAGAAUCGUCAAGACCGAGACUUGGCUCGUUACGCAGCAUGAGUGCCAACGACGUGGCUUCGAGUGGGGGGUCUGCAGAAGUGAUGGGGAAGUUGGAGUUCGAUGAAGAACCUCAGGCACGAAGAUAA